GGUCCAUUAGGGCACAGUUUGAUUGUGGAAUGGCUGAACUGGUGCGAAUCCGUAAGAAACGGCUGCAGAUCCCCAUCUCUAGGCUGAGGAGUAUGAUGAAGCAGCUGGAGGAGAAAGAUGUUGACUUUGAAGAAAUCAAAAAGAAUCUGGAUUUCACAGCGUCGUUACUGGAGGCAGUUUACCUCGAUGGAACAAGGCAGUGUCUGGAGUCUGAGGACGACCUUCAGCAGCUGCAGUCAGACGGCGUGCCUUCAGAGGUCACCGAUUGGCUGGCUUCCACCUUCACCCAGAGGGUUCGGCGGCCUGUACGACGCUCAGAUGAGAAGCCCAAGUUCCGCAGCAUUGUGCAUGCAGUGCAGGCUGGGAUAUUUGUGGAGAGGAUGUUCAAGAGGGCCUACACAGCCGCCAUGCCAGACCAACCUGCAGUGGUCGUAAACUGCCUGAGGGAUGUUGACCGCUGGAACUUUGACGUGUUUGCUCUGAACUCUGCCAGCUCUGACCAUGGCCUACGAACUCUGUUCUUUGAGCUGAUCACCAGAUAUGGCCUCAACAGCCGUUUUAAGAUCCCCAUCUCGUGCCUGACAGAGUUCCUGUCUGCGUUGGAGAGAGGAUACUGCAAACACAACAACCCCUACCACAGCCACGUUCAUGCUGCUGAUGUGACCCAGACGCUGCACUGCCUGCUGCUGCGCUCUGGACUCGUGCACUGGCUGACAGAGCUUGAGGUGAUGGCGUCACUGUUUGCCGCGGCCAUCCAUGACUACGAACACACAGGGACCACAAACAACUUUCACAUCCACACAAAGUCAGAGUUUGCGUUGAUCUACAAUGAUCGGUCGGUUCAGGAAAGCCAUCACCUGAGUGCAGCGUUUCGCCUGCUGCAGGACGACCAAAUGAACAUCUUCACUAAUUUGACGAGAGAGGAAUGGAUGGAGCUGCGAUCACUUGUUAUAGAGAUGGUGCUGUCCACAGACAUGUCCUCCCACUUACUACAAGUCAAAGGGAUCAAAUCCUGUCUACAACAACAAGAACGGAUUGACAAGCCAAAGGCACUGUCUCUGUUGCUCCACACGGCUGACAUAAGCCAUCCAUCCAAGCCCUGGGCACUGCACUCCCGCUGGACCACAGCCCUGAUGGAGGAGUUUUUCCGGCAGGGUGAUAGAGAGGCAGAGCUCGGCCUUCCCUUCUCUCCUCUGUGUGAUCGAAAAAGCACCCUGGUAGCCGAGUCUCAGAUCGGUUUCAUAGACUUCAUUGUGUAUCCUACAUUCUCCCUGCUGACGGACAUGGCUGAAAAGAUUGUUAUUCCUUUGGUGGAGGAGAACCCAGGUCCACCAGACCCCUGCAACAGGCACAGUAAUCUGUGGAAGGAGAGCUCCAGAGGUCUGCAGUGGAGUCUCGCUCAUAUCACAGCAGAGCUGGUGAGCUUCCGCUCCACUUGGACACGACACACUGAAGACAACAAGCUCAAAUGGAAGGAAAGUGGCUCCAAUGGAUUUUCAGACCCCAGCGUGACAAAAGGGCAGAGAUCCAGACAAGAGGAGCUGUCAGAAGAAUCACUGCAAGACCCCACUACAGAUUCAAAACAGUAGACAGAACUUCAUUUAGUAUGAGCUUUUUUUUUUUUUUUAAAUAGAACAUCUUCAAAGGUCAACUGAGGUUAAUGCUGAGUCACUGUUUGUAACAAAACCCCAAUGCCUAUUUAUAGUGUGAUUGUGGGAGUUAUGAGGGAGGGUGGUUUUUAGCCUAACUUCAUCUUCCCAAGGUAAGAUGAAGUAAAUUCACAGAAGUGUCCUCAUGUCUUAUUUUAAGGGUAGUAUACUCUGAUAAUUUAAAUGCAAAGUGUACAUGCUGGCCAUGUAAUAAUGUAUCGUGCAUGAUAUUAAUUUAAUUUGCCACGUAAACACUUGUAAGGAACAUUUUAAUUUUAAUAGUUUUACCUGUACACCAAUCAUUUAUUGUAUAAAACAUUAAAUACAAUAAAUGGCCUUUUUAUGGGAGGAUAUUGUGGCUUACUGUUUUUUAAUUAAAACAUUUUAACUGCUUUAACUGCAAGGUCUAAGACCCUAAUCUUAUCAUUUUAUUCAGUUCCACAUCUGUAAAAUGAUUUAAAAUAGAUUCAGUGGCUUAUUCAGCAAACCCAUGACUCUAAGAUACAAGUAGAUUGUUUUCUGCACAAAACCUAGUGCACAUUUUGAGAUAAAAGGACCACUCACGUGGUAUCCUCUAUGUUUUCUUAUAUGUUUGUUCUUUUUUAACAAAUUGCAAGAAUUCAAACAAAAAUUGUUUGACUGUAAGAGAUUUUUUGUAGCACAUACAUUGUGACCAUGUUUGGAUCUAAUAAAGGUGCUAAAUGUGAAAUUUAGAGCAUUGCUAUAGCUCUAAACAACUAUUUGUUAUAGCGGAGAGAAGAGCAUCAUCCUAAGCAGAGAAUAAAUUCACUUUCCCUCUGUGUGUGCAUGUUAUCCGGGCUCCUCUGUGCCUUGAAUAUGGUCCAACCCAGCACGCAUGCUUGUGCUCAUACGGUGGUUCCUAAUGAAAACGCAGCAUCGCCACAGAGGCAUAACGUACACUGCAACAAUGGCAGCUUUUGGUCUUCUACUCUCAGGAAAUCCUGCAGCAUAUCCAAAUGAACAUGAUUUUGUAGAAGAAAAUUACAAUAGAAGUGAUCAAUCUCACACAUGCACUUGUAAGUGUGUGAAGAGAUGUUACAUGUAGCUUAAAUUACCAAUGUACUCAAAAUCCAACAAACAGUCUUGUGUAUGAAAAAUAUGGGUUUUAAUGCUCCUGGCU